UUUGCUGUUUUCUGCGUGCCUUAACAAAAUUUUUAACAAUUUUUUUGUGUUUUUCCUCCUUGGUUUUUUUGCCAGUAGGCAAUGUACCUCAACCUCCUCUCUCUGUGUUGAGGCGACGUUCCUCCGUGGCAACAUGCUUCAUUGCACAGAAUCAAAACUCGACAGCAGAAAUGCCAAGGAAAUAUUUGCGUCGAAUGGAGACUAUUAGUAAUGCUGGAGGUGGACAUCAUUCCGACUUGGAAAGGAUAAGGAGAAGAAGCCAAGAAUCCCAACAACUUCAACAAGAAAAUCUCCACCAGCAUUUAUUAUAUUCCCCAGCAGAAAUGUGUCGGAGAAGACAUUCAGCUAAUGUAAAACGCCGUCGGUCAUCCGCUGCCUCUUCUUCAUCAAAUUCGCGACGUUCUUCUUCGACAACUCUUUUAAUCGGACCCUCAAAAAGAGAAAAAUCUGAAAAUGAGGUUAAUGACGAAUGUCCUUCAACUUUGCUGACUCAAAAUAUAACAAAAAAGCAAAACGGUGUUUCUCCCAAUUUUAUUCUUCCAACAUUAACAGAUAAAUACAACGGCCAAAUAGAUAAAAAAACCUGUAUAGACACAAACAAUCCAGUUCAAUUAAUUUUAAGAGAAAUUAGUGAUGCGUCUUUUGCAACCUUUCUUUAA